UUAUCCUUAAGACUCAAAUUCAUCAAACGGUCGAAUAUGAUUUUAUGUAUCGGUUCUUCAUUGAUUCAACAACCCAUCAAGUUCCAUAAACCCUUCCUAAACCCUCCCAAUUUCUUCAUCAAAACCCCUAGAACCCUAACUUUGAUUUGUAGAGCAGAAUCUUCAGAAUCUAAUAACCCUAACAAGCGUAAUCCAUUAAAGGGUAAAGAACCAUACAGGAAACACCCCAGAAGAUCAAAAUACGGAACUUCAAGAAGAUCAAUUUUGAAGAAAACAUUGAAUCAAGAACAGCUCAUUUUCACUACCCCAAUUUCAGAUGACCCUGUUGUUGCUAUCAUUGGUGGUGGAAUGUCUGGGUUGAUUUGUGCACUCGAUUUAGAGAAAAGAGGAAUCAAGUCUACAGUUUUCGAUACCGGGGUUCAUGGUUUGGGAGGGAGAAUGGGUACCAGGAUAAUUGAUACUCAGCCACUGGUUUUUGAGCACGCAGCUCAGUUCUUCACUGUCAGUGACUCUCGGUUUGCCGAAUUGGUUAACGGGUGGCUGGAUAAGGGUCUUGUUCGGCAGUGGGAUGGAGCAGUUGGAGACCUUGAAGUAGGUGGGAAGUUUACUCCUAGUACAUCUUCAGCUCCGAGGUAUAUAGGUGUGAAGGGGAUGCGCCCUCUUGCAGAUUCAAUUCUGUCUCAGACAAGCAUGGUUAAUGUAGUGAGACCCUGUUGGAUAAGUAAAAUCGAGGCAUUUAAUGGAAGGUGGUACUUGAGUGAAAAUGGGAAGCCUCAGGGUCAGUUUGAUGCAAUUGUUAUUGCGCACAAUGGUAAAUGCGCAAAUCGCCUGCUUGGUACGUCAGGUUUGCCAAUGAUAGCAAAGCAAAUGAAAGCGCUGAAUCUGAGUGCUAUCUGGGCACUUCUUGCAGCAUUUGAAGAUCCUCUUCCUAUACCCUUUGAAGGAGCUUUUGUGAAAGGAGUCGAUUCGCUGUCAUGGAUGGGGAACAAUACCAAGAAACUAUUCCCCUCUCAGAGCAGUGGCCCUCAGUGUUGGACCUUCUUCAGUACAGGCGAUUUUGGAAAACGUAAUAAAGUUCCACAGGAGAAUAUCCCAAAUGCCACAGCAGAGAGGGUGAAGGAAGCUAUGAUUGAAGGUGUUGAGACUGCGCUGGGCGCACCCAAAGGAUCGCUUCAGAAACCCUUUUACACCAGGGUGCAGUUAUGGGGAGCAGCUCUUCCUACUAAUACUCCAGGAAUUCCCUGCAUCUUUGAUGCUCAGGGAAGGGCAGGAAUAUGCGGUGAUUGGCUACUUGGUUCAAGCUUAGAGGCUGCAGCAUUGAGUGGGAUGGGUCUUGCAAAUCAUAUUGCAGAUUACUUGCAAAGUGGGGGAUCCAGUCCUGAUGAGUUUUCUGUUGGUUUACACGAGGAAUUUCAAUCAAUUGAAGGGUACGAUAUCGGGCAAUUUCCAAGUGUAGAGACUAAAGAACAAGUAAAAGAGCCUCUGGCGUGUUAAAUAAAAGUUAAAACCAAGUUUGAUAUCAUACUUGGAGUUGGAUUUGCAUCAAUACUCGGGAAUGCUAAAGGUGGAGAUGGUAGACGUGCACUUCAUUUUGCUGCUGCAGCCUGCAGGAGGGAGAUUAGAUGUUCCUUAAGUACUUGAUUGAAGAGAUGAAACUUGACAUUGAUGUCAAAGAUAAUUCAUUCAGGCGACACUCCCUUGUGCUGUGCAGCAAAAGAAGGACGUUUGAGCAUUGUAGCAUAUCUUCUGAAAAUUGGGUGCCAAUCCUGAAAUACCAAAUGAUACAGAUAUGAUUCAUAUGAAUCAUUUGAAUCAUGCCGCUAUGAAAGGACAUAAUGGUGUCAUAUCCUUGUUACUUUCAAAAGGGAUUAGCAUAGAUGUUUCAAAUGGUUUUGGCUCGCCCCUGCACCUUGCUUGCGCUUUUGGCCAACACGAUACAGUUAAUCUUCUUCUGGACCACAAUGCCUGUCCCAAUUUGCUCUUCCACGAGGUGGCGACUUCAGUCAUCCAUCCUUUACACAUCUUGGCAAUGCGUGGAGAAUUUACUCAAGCCCAAUUUGCUCUUCCACGAGGUGGCGACUUCAGUCAUCCAUCCUUUACACAUCUUGGCAAUGCGUGGAGAAUUUACUCAAGGCAGGUGCUGAUACAAAUGGUGGACCAGAUGGAGUCAAAGCUCUGCCACUAGCAGCUAAAGUGGGGAUAAUACAAAUCAUCAAGCUGCUAGUUGAAGCUGGUGCGGGUCCAAAUUUUACGGAUAUGUGUGGACUGAAGUCAGUAAAAGAAGCAGCUCUUGAUGGUAACCGUCAAGGUGUUGAGAUUCAUUUUCCUGAACAUAUGUGGAUGGGAGCAUUGAUGGGGUAAUGGAGCAUGGAAAUUCUAAAAAGUUCAAAAAGAUGGUUCCUAAAGAGAAGAUUUUUCUUGAGGCAAAAUAAAUGGGAAGGAGUGCAUUCUGUAGGAAUGAUUACUGUCUGGCAUUAUGUUGGCGCUGGACUAUCCGACAAGAGUUUGCACUUUGUCUAUUUGAGUAAAGGAGAUUUUUCCUUAGAAGAAUUAUGAUCCAGCCUAGCUAUGAAUUAUGAUCCAGUCUAGCUAUAGGGUACAUGCAAUGUAUAUUCUUCGCACCAGAGCCAACUUAUAACAUUAUUCAACUUACAGCAUCAUUUUUGCCUGCCCAACUCAAUGUGCAUUUUCUUAUCCUCCUCACUAUUUGGUUUCCAAGGAGUUCAAACAGUACGUAUAUCACUAUCAAGUACUUUGCUACAACCGUUUCCUAACAAUCCAAAGACACAAAAUCUGCUUUGAUUCGUUUGUAUUUCAAAAUCUGUGGUCAAUUUUGAGAACAGCUGCUUCCCCCGUUCCAUUCAAAUCUUUGCCACCUAUGCCCAAUCU